AGGCGAGCGGGGCUCAGUGGGACCAGGCAGAGGCCGGCAGGCAGGCGGUGGGGAAAGGGUUGUAGCCGCGGAGACGUGCCCGGGGUGGAUACACCAUGCUCGCCAAGCGGGAGAGAGACUCUGCCCAGGACACACGAUGAAGGUGGAGAGGAAGACCUCCUCUUCACGCAACGCUUUUACUGACAUUCCUCCUCUACUGACGCCCGUUGGCCUCCUCCUCCUCCUCCUCUUCACAGGCGAGGCGUCCGGGGUGAACGUGACCAGCCACGCCCAGGUGGUGAGGGGCACGGUGGGCAAAGAGGCCCUCCUGUCCGUCAGCUACUCCAGCAGCAGCGCGGACAAGCCCGUGAUCAAGUGGCAGCUCAAGAGGGACCAAGAGAAACCCAUCACCGUGGUGCAGUCCAUCGGGACCGACAUCAUCGGGAACCUGAGGCCGGAGUACCGCAACCGCAUCCUGGUGUUGGAGAACGGCUCGCUGCUGCUCCACAGCCUGCAGCUGUCGGACGAAGGGGCCUACGAGGUGGAGAUCUCCAUCACCGAUGACACCUUCACCGGGGAGCGCUACAUCGGGCUCACCGUGGACGUGCCCGUGUCCAGACCGUACAUCCAGAUGAUCGCCUCCUCCGUCCUGGAGUACAGCGAGCACUUUCACCUCCACUGUUCCCACGACAACGGCACGAAGCCCGUCUACGGUUGGCUGAAGGGCGGCAAGGUGCUGGCCAAUGACACGCGUCUGCAGCUUUCCCACGACCAAAAGGUGCUGACCGUGUCGCGCGUGGUGAUGUCGGACGAUGACGUGUACGUGUGCACGGUGGAGAACCUCAUCAGCAGCAUGAGGAGCACGCCCGUCAAGCUCACCGUCUACAAGAGGAGCUCGCUAUACAUCAUCCUGUCCACCGGGGGCAUAUUCCUCCUGAUCACCCUGGUGACGGUGUGCGCUUGUUGGAAGCCAUCCAAAAAGAAGCAUCGACCUGUCCCCCAAAGAGCUCCCAUCUAUCUGGACCAGAGUGAAAAUGGCCACGACGUUGAUGUUGUUCCCAAACCGUCUACCCUCGGUCGAAGGAGUCCCAUGCCGCUUUAUGUUCUCAACGAAGACGAGACUCUGGAGCAUUUCGAAGAAUGCACCGGCGGCAGCGCUGCCAUCCAAUCAGAACUGAGUAUUCCUGCCCUGUACGCCCCUCCGAUGCUUCCUAGCCCCGCCUCCUCCCUCUCCUCCUCCAAUAGAAGCGAGCGGCCCGUGUGGUCCGCGCCGCGCAGGUACCCGCGCAGCGCCUCUCCGCUGGCGCAGCCUCUUCUUCCGCAGCCCCUCGCGGUCCCUCCGCUUCGCCCCGCCCACCGCUCACCGGCUCACUCCCCCGGCUCGUCGCCGCGAGGUUUCAGCCCGAUAAGAAAAGCCCGUCCGCCGGUAAGCAUCCCGAGCAGCCCGCACCUACCCGUGGAGGUCCAGUGCCCGGAACCACGUGAUCAGACCGGCAGCCAAUCACAGCAGUGACAGCUGCAUGUUUUCUUUCCGUGUAGUUUCUUUGACUUUCAGCUAAUUCUUUCACUUCAUACGCCAUUAUUUAUCAUCUUAUUAUCUUACUUCUAUGCACAAUAUUUCUAGUAGUCUUUUGAUGAUAAAAAGAAAGUAUAUUGUAGUAUGUCAUGUAUAGAAUGAUCAGACAGUUAAACAAAUAAAUCCACAUCUGGUAUAUAUUUUGUUUCUUGAUGAAUAUAAAUGUUAAGUAUACCUGUACAUAUGUAAGUUAAUAGUUUUAGAUAUGGUGUUUAUUUUUCUUUCUUUCUUUUUCGAACAAUUAAACUGCAAAGUGUAUUCUUUAUUGUGGAAUUAGAUCACCGUAUAACCUCAGGUAAUAAAACAGUUUAAAUAGUU